AUGGAAAUUCUUCAACAACAACAACAAAACCGUAGUAACCACCCCUCUUUAUCUCUGCUUUCGCCACCCAACAGUCUAUGCCAUCUCCCAGGGCCAAGACUACUCUACAAACACACAACACUUCUUGUUGAGUGCUUUCAUGAACACAAGAGGCUCCAGUCCUUGAUUCACAACCUCAAAAGCAACCACAACAACCCUUUGCAACUGCGUGACCAGGAUGGAGAUUGGUCCGAAGAUCGCUUCUGGGCUGUCAUCAAAUUCCUUAAACUCUCUGCAAGAUCCAAUCGGGUUCUUAAGGGGUUUCAUAUGUGGAGGGGCAUGGAGAAAACAAGAAUUAAUGAAUUCAAUUAUGAAGAUAAUAGGGUUGUUAGGCGAAGAGAGUCUAAUGGAAGAUGCAUUUGCAAUUCAAUAAUUCAUGGUCAUGCAAGAAAUGGCAAGUUUGAUGAUGCUUUGUUUUACCUUAAUCGGAUGAAAGAAAUGAAUUUGCGUCCCGAAAGUUGUACUUAUGAUGGCUUGAUCGAAGCUUAUGGGAAGUAUAGAAUGUAUGAUGAGAUGGGUAUGUGCAUGAAGAAGAUGGAGCUGGAUGUGUGUUCACCUGAUCGCUAUAUUUAUCAUUUGCUUAUCCAAGAGGUUGCACAAUUUGGGUUGCUGACAAGAAUGGAACGGGUAUAUCAGUCUACGCGAACCAAAAGGAUGAAGUUGCAGUCUUCGACUUUGAUUUCGAUGCUUGAGGCAUAUGCAAAUUUCGGGAUUGAGGAUUUGACUAGGAAAUUAGCUGGGGCUUAUAUUGCAAAACACAUGUUUUCCAGAUUACAUGACUUGGCUGUUGAUCUUACUUCUAGAAUUGGUCAGACCGAUAUUGUUUGGUGCCUACACCUCCUUUCCCAUGCUUGUCCUUCGAGUCGAAGAGGCAUGGAUGCUGUUGUUAGGGAGAUGGAUGAUGCAAAGAAGAAAUUGGUUUUGAUUGAAAAGGGAGUUUAG